AUGGCCACCACAUUGAGAGACAAGCAGAUAGCUAGCAUAAAGCGCAUACUGAACCUCAAUGCCCCCGUUACCGACAUCGACGCGCCAGAUGAGACCGCCACCGAGCCAGCACCCACAUCCACAGACGGCGCAAUAUGGAAGGUGCUGGUGUUCGACGACAUGGGAAGGGAUGUCAUCAGUUCCGUCUUGCGAGUGAACGACUUGCGGGCAGCUGGGGUCACAAUACAUCUGAACAUCAACACGACACGCCAUUUAAUCCCUGAUGUCCCCGUCAUCUACCUCGUCGAACCCACCGCGCAAAACCUGCUGACCAUCACCUCCGACCUCUCCCGUGGCCUAUAUAGCCCUGCCUACGUCAAUUUCCUCUCUAGCAUACCGCGGACCCUCUUAGAAGACUUUGGCGCGCAGACUGUGUCGUCGGGCACGGCGGAACACCUGGCUCAAGUCUACGAUCAAUAUCUCAACUUUGUCGUUUCCGAACCAGAUCUGUUCCACCUGAACAUGAAGGGAGCAUACCAUACACUCAACAGCGGGCAAACGCCAGACCAGGAGCUCGAUGUAGUCAUGGAUCGCAUAGUCUCGGGCCUCUUCUCCGUCGUCGUCACCAUGGGCGUCGUUCCCAUCAUACGGUGCCCCAAGGGAGGACCUGCAGAGCACAUCAGUGCGAAACUCGAUCGAAAACUCCGCGACCACAUCCUCAACUCAAAGACCAACCUUUUCUCCGAUCAGAAGUCAUCUACAGUCGCCUCACGGCCUGUGUUGGUCAUUGUCGACCGUAACGUAGACCUUGUUCCCAUGUUCAGCCAUUCAUGGAUUUACCAAAGCUUGGUAUAUGAUGUGCUCGACUUCAACCUGAACAAGAUCAGCAUGUCGGUUCCUCUUGAUAAAGAUCACCCAGAAAAGGGCGUCAAGAAACAAUCGUACGAUCUCACAGCCUCUGAUUACUUUUGGGCACGUAAUGCAUCCCUGCCCUUUCCCAACGUUGCAGACGACGUUACGACUGAGUGGAAUAAAUACCAAGAAGAUGCAGACAGCGUCACGAAGAAGACGGGGACAUCCUCGAUUGAAGAUCUGGACGGGCAAAGCAACCAGUUCGCGGCACAUCUAAAGGGCGCCAUGGCACUGUUGCCAGAGCUGCGAGAGAGAAAAGCGACCAUUGAGAUGCACAUGAACAUACUUGAGGCCGUCAUGGAAGGCAUCAAAAAUCGCAAAAUCGACUUCUAUUUCCAACUCGAAGAAGAGCUAUCUAAACAAACCAAAGCUCAGAUCCUAGAUCUACUCAAAGACCCCGACAAAGGCAGCGAUCCCUUGGACAAGCUGCGUCUCUUCCUGCAGUGGUACCUUACUACCGAACAAGACGUGUCCCGCAGCGACCUAGACAACUUCACUCAGGCCCUCGACGCAGCCGGAGCGGACACCACGGCCGUCAAAUACGUGAAAACGGUGCGCCAACUGACUCGCAUGACCAUGAUUUCUUCCGCCCCAGCACAACCCGCCCAAACCACCUCCCAGCUCUUCGGCGGCUUCUCCAGUCUCUCGUCGCGCGUCACAGACCGCUUCAAGGAAGCCGGGCUCGGCGCAAACUUUGAAGGCGUGCUCUCGGGCAUCAAAAACUUUCUCCCCACAAACACCGACCUCACCCUCACAAAGAUCACCGAAUCCCUCAUGGACCCGCAAAACGCGUCGUCGAGCGCAAUCAGCAAGACAGAAAGCUACCUCUACUUUGACCCGCGCUCCGCAAAUGCACGCGGUACCCUGCCGCCCGCGAGUGCGGCGCGCAAUCAACAGAGCAGCGUGGGCCGCGGCAUCGACGCCACAUUUGGCCAGCGACGCCAGGGCUUCAGCGAGGCUAUUGUGUUCACCGUUGGUGGUGGGUCCAUGGACGAGUAUGGGAAUUUGCAAGAGUGGGCAAAGCGUACGAGUGCUAGUCAGGGUGCAGGCACGGGGCAGAAGCGGAGAAUCGUGUAUGGGAGUACGGCUUUGUAUUCGGCGCGGGAGUUUGUGCAGAGGGAUUUGGCGCAGUUGGGGAAGGAGAGUACGUAG